UUGUACCAACGGUCUAUUAUAUAUUGUCUCAUCAAAGAUAACAAAUUGGCAGUAUUUCAAAUUUAGUAGUCAAUAAAACAUAGAUGUAUGCUGUGGAUUGGUUUUUAGUGUGUGGGUUUCUAGCAACGAUUUGGAUGCCAGGAAAAUAACUAAAAAGUGGACCUCUUUUCUUGGAGAGGAGGUUAGGUGGGAAGGGUGACAAACACUGAGAACUGGAAGGUGCAGUUAGAGAUGACCUGGUUUAAGCCUUUGUUCAGACAGACGGAUGGAACUCUGAGUGAUUGUGAUACAGAUGUGGGAUCAGAUCCAGGGCUGCUGCUCCUGUCCUCCUUGCUUGGGACUGGUACUUGGCAGUGUUUUGAUUAUUCUGAACCUGUCAUGAUGUGCACGAGCAUUAUUUAUUUUGUUAGCAUUAUUUAAGGAAGAAAGUUCUGAAAAACUGUCUUAAUUUAUUGAGGACUAUGAAAAUGGACAGAAUCUUAAUGUAAGUUAUUUCAGUAGUACAAUAGUAUUCUAUUGGAAUGUUAAUUUCUUUUUGUUGUUUUUGGGAUGUUAAUUUCAGACUCUAGAAUUGGUAAAUAAAAAUAAUUUGUGAGUGAUAAUACACUAAAAGAAGAACAAGUUGGUCACAGAGCAUCCCGGACUAGACCUUAGGAACCUCAGUUCUAAACCCAAACCUGUUAUGGCUGUGGUCCUUUAGAUGGAUCAUUUAAACUGUCUGGGCCUUUUGUGGUUUCAUCUGUACAAUGAGAAUAGGCUACUAAAGAGAUGUCAAAGAGUUUUUCAACUUAAAAAAAAUUUUUUUUAAUGUUUAUUUUUGAGACAGAGAGACAGAGCAUGAAUGGGGGAGGGUCAGAGAGAGAGGGAGACAGAAUUCGAAGCAGGCUCCGGGCUCUGAGCUGUCAGCACAGAGCCCGACAUGGGGCUCGAACCCAUGGACCGCAAGAUCAUGACCUGAGCCGAAGUUGGACACCCAACCGACUGAGCCAUCCAGGCGCUCCAGGAACAGUGAGCAGAAUGAGUACCUCACAGGACCAGAGUGGCUGCUCCAGUAAUAGAGAACCCCUUUUGAGGUGUUGUGAUGCACGGAGGGACUUGGAGCUUGCUAUUGGUGGAGUUCUCCGGGCUGAACAGCAAAUUAAAGAUAACUUGCGAGAGGUCAAAGCCCAGAUUCACAGCUGCAUAAGCCGUCACCUGGAAUGCCUUCGAAGCCGUGAGGUGUGGCUGUAUGAACAGGUGGAUCUCAUCUAUCAGCUUAAAGAAGAGACACUUCAGCAGCAGGCCCAACAGCUCUACUGGUUACUGGGCCAGUUCAAUUGUCUUAUUCAUCAACUGGAGUGCACCCAAAACAAAGAUCUAGCCAAUCAAGUCUCUGUGUGCCUAGAGAGACUGGGCAAUCUGACCCUCAAACCUGAAGAUUCGACUGUCCUACUUUUUGAAGCAGACACAACUGCUCUGCGCCAGGCCAUCACCACAUUUGGAUCCCUCAAGACCAUUCAAAUUCCUGAGCACCUGAUGGCUCAUGCUAGUUCAUCCUCAAAUAUUGGGUCCUUCCUGGAGAAAAGAGGCUAUAUCCCAUUGCCAGAACAGCAGAAGUCAGCAUCCAGCACCAUGGCUGUCCCUCUCAGCGAAUGGCUCCUUGGAAACAAACCCGCCCCUGGUCGGCAGGCUCCUUACAUACCCAGCACCAACCUCCAGGACUGGCUUACCCAGAAGCAGACCUUGGAGAAUAGUCAGACUUCUGCCAGAGCCUGCAAUUUCUUCAGUAAUGUCUGGGGCAACCUGAAGGGCUUAGAAAACUGGCUCCACAAGAGUCAGCAACAAGAGGUCCCUGAAAAACCAACUUACCAAAAGUGUAAUAGCCGUUCUACUACCAGUUCUUACUCCACUGAAAUUGAAAAGGUUGGAGAUCUGGAGCUUCUUGAUCAAGAUGAGAUGGAUCUUUCUGACUGGCUGGUGACUCCUCAGGAAUCCCAGAAGCUGGAGAAGCCUGGCAAAGGCAGCUGUGAAGCCAGUGAGAAGUUUAAGCUCCUGUUUCAGGUGUUCCAGGAGCCCUAUAGUGUGAGUGAGUGGCUUCUCAAGCCCGAUUCCUGCACCAAUUGUCGGGGCAACCAGCCCAAAGGUGUGGAGAUUGAAAAUCUGGGCAAUCUGAAGUGCCUGAAUGACCACUUAGAGGCUAAGAAACCCUCGUCCACUCCCAGCGUGAUUACUGAGGAUUGGCUUGUCCAGAACCAUCAGGAGCCAUAUAAAGUAGAGGAGGUGUGCAGAGCCAAUGAGCCCUGUACGAGCUUUGCGGAGUGUGUGUGUGAUGAAAACUGUGAGAAGGAAGCUCUGUGUAAGUGGCUUCUGAAGAAAGAAGGGAAAGAUAAAAAUGGUGUGCCUGUGGAACCAAAUCCUGAGCCUGACAAGUGUAUAGAUUCCCUGAGUGUGUGGCUCUGUCCUUCCAGAAAAGAGGCAACAGAACAAGCUAAGACAUCAAAGGCAGUGGCUCCUUCUAGUAUUGCUAAUUCCUUCCAAGUCAUAAGGAGCAGUCCCCUGUCAGAGUGGCUUAUCACACCCUCCUGCAAAGAAGGAUGUCCCAAGGAAGUGCCUAUUACUGAGGACAGAGCUGGCAAACAAAAGCUUGUGAACCCCGUGGCCACAGCUGACUGGGUUUUGCCAGGAAACAAGAUGGGAAACCUCAGCCAGUUAUCCUCAGGGGAAGACAAGUGGCUACUUCGAAAGAAGGCCAAGGAAGUAUUACUUAAUUCGCCCCUGCAGGAGGAACAUAACUUUCCCCAAGACCGUUAUGGCCUCCCAGCAGUUUGUGAUCUCUUUGCCUGUAUGCAGCUUAAAGUUGACAAAGAAAAGUGGUUGUAUCGAACUCCUCUACAGAUGUGAAAGGAUGGAACACUGGAGUCAAACAACUUUUCUGCAGAUUAUCACACCUCCAUGAGCCGAGUGACUGUGCGGCUUGCCAAAUCCUUGUGUUUCUGGGUCUGUCCAGUCAGCUUCAUUCCUUUCCUGCCUAACUUUGAACUAGUGAAGAGAAAGAAGUCAUCAAAUUAUGAGUUACUGUGUAAAAGAAAAAGGCUGUUUGUCGAUGCUGAGGUGAUUCAGUUCCUUCUUACAGAAGUAUUAACUUAAAUUCACCCCUCCACUAGAAACACAGCAUCUUGGUGGAUAGGUCUUUUUCAUAAGCCUCUACAGCUCCUUAGAUUGGGUUGUUACUAGAAGUACAUUAAAACACUGUAGUUUUAAAAAUGAAAUAGUUCUAUAAUCAAGGUGUGUCGAUGUAUUCAAAAGCUACUAGUAAACUUCCCUAACCUUUUGAUUGCCCUCCUUUAGAUGCUUCCCUUGCUGUGGGUUUUCUUCCGUUGGUGGUGGAAGUAAUGGUUUUUCUGUUUAAUUAAUAUAGUAUAUUUCACACAAAUAGUUAACUUUGCCAAUAUAAUGAUUGUUUUCUUACCAAAAUGUGUAUUAACAAUCUGGGCGUUUUUUGACAUUAUAAAACUAGCCUACAUGUCAGAUUCUACAUUAUUUUUCUCCUUUUGAGAGACUCAGCUACUGCAAAUUUUCUUUUUCCCUUUUCUAAGUUACUAACUUACCUCCCGAGCUUUUAGAAGAGCUCCACAUUGCUUCAAGACUGUAUUCAGGGUAGUCCUAGCCACUUUCAAAAUACUCUCAACUCCAGGCAAAAGAACCCCAGUGCUGACUAGUCAAAAGAGCAAAAGGCAAGACCUGUUAGAAAUGCAGUAUUUGAGCUAUUUGCUAUCCUAAGGGUUAUUGGUGCGUCCUGUGUAAAUGGAAGCUGAGCUUGACACCUGGUGCUUUUAACUAGGGAUAGAUUAAGUGUCCUCUCACUGCAAGCAUAGCAUCUCUAUACCUCCAAGAGUAGAAUGCAGUGCCCUUUUAGUGAACAGGCUGUUUUGAACACUUGUGCCUUGGGGUGUUUAUGAAGCUUUAUGAAAACUUAAUGUUUUCUCGGUAUCUGUAAAAGUCACAUAUAUGCUUUAUGAAGUUUCUCUGUAGGAAGUGGGAUUUAUAAUGUUUUUAAAUUCUUUAAAGUGAGUUAACUUAGCUGCUUUCCAGGCUUUUAAACUGUUAGGCCACUCAGCUUGCCUGUGUUAUCGUUAACUUUUAAAGUUUGUGAUGUGGUCAUCUAGAAAGUCCUUUUAGGGAAACUUCACAGUCCCAUAGUCCUUGCCAUACAGCUUUGUUAGGCUUGAACCACAGCUGAAAAGAACCUAUUUUUUGGUCCCCCCCCCCCCCAUACCACUUAGAACUUUAAUAAAAGUGGCAGGUAAAAACUUAAGGAGCCUUUUCCAUUAUCUUAGGUUGCAGGAAACUUUGUAGUUUUUGAGGUUUAACAAUGUAUUCCUGAUUUUACAUUCACCACUAUGUUAAUGAGUAUGUAAAACAUUCUUUUGCAUUGAUGCAUUUUGUACCUCUCUCCAUUAAAAGCAUAACAGCCA